AUGGUCGAGUCCAAGUGCAUUGAGAUCGACAGCGAGUCCAGCGCCAUAGAUCUACAAGUCAAACUGGAUGAUGGCCAGUGGCAGGCUCUAUUGAAUUUGCACAGGACGCUCUUGCACGAGCAUCAUGACUUUAUGCUUGCGUCUCAGCAUCCCUCGGCCUCGCCUGCACUCCGCCGCGUUGCCCAAAAGUACGCGAUCCCAGCCCGUAUGUGGCGUCAUGGUAUCCACAGCUUCCUCGAAUUACUACGCCACCGUCUUCCUGAAUCUCGCGAGCACAUGAUUACGUUUAUUUAUAUGGCGUACUCGAUCAUUGCGCUCUUGUAUGAGACGGUCCGCACGUUCGAGGAUACCUGGGUCGAGUGUCUAGGCGAUUUGUCGCGUUAUAGGAUGGCGAUCGAGGACGAUAACCAGCGGGUGCGUGACACCUGGACGAACGUGUCCCGGCGUUGGUACACUCUGGCUUCGGACCGUGCUCCAACGACUGGCAGACUCCACCAUCACCUUGCCAUUUUGGCGAGACCGUAUGUUGUGACGCAGCUCUACUUUUACGUCAAAAGUCUUUGCACGCCUAUCCCCUUCACCUCUACGCGCGAGUCGAUUAUGACACUCUUAGACCCCGUCUUAAACAAUGCCACCCAGCAUGUCCCGCCUAUUGAGCUGGCAUUUAUCAAGGCCCAUGCGAUUUUAUUUAAAAAUGGUAUGAAGACGACGCCUGACUUCCGGCCCACCGUCGGUGACUUUGUCGCUGGACUUGACGAUCAUAUUGCGUUAUCGUCUCGGACCUGGGUCGAAACCGGCGUGUAUAUGGCCAUUGUGAACAGCUGCUCGUUGCUUUCCUACGGCGGAGACGACAAUGUCCUCAUGCGUAUUUUACACGAUGAAAUGUAUCGCAGUGCCAUGACAGGUGCUCCAACAGACGCCGCAGUGGAUGUACCGAUGGGCAAUGUGCAGCAACCCGAGAAGAGUAUUGAUGAGCGAAUGGCUGUUGAUCCUGAGAUCGUGCAGGCUCUCGAGCCAGCCCAGAAUCUUGUGGCUGACAUUGACCGCGUUGUUUUGGCCCGCGUUGGUGAUGCGAACUGCCACGGCUACAUCCACGCGCGCCUUGUGUGGAUGCUAUGCUUCGCGCGCAUCCCAGAGGGCAUGGCUUACCUCGAAAAAACAUUUCCUUGGGAGCCGCUUGUAGUGACACUCAAUAAUAUGCUCCUGACCAGUCCGCGGUACGACAGGAUCGAGCGGGAUGUGUUUAUGGAGCCACAAGUCGAUCGAAAAGCCGAGGAGGAGAGGCGGAUCCAGGAGAUUCAAUUCAAGCAACAGCAACAACAACAAGCCGCCGCGGCAAACGGCGACAACAGCCCCUUUGUCCCAACCGAACCUGUCAACACCAACGUCACAUUCGAGCCCCCGCCGCCAGUCCGCAGUGAUGCUGACAAGCCGCUGCCUGACGACUGGUACCUGCGUGGUCUGUUGUGGUCCGAAUACAACUACCCGCAAGGCUGGUUCGCGAACAUGGAUUCCGCUGAUGAGGACGAGCGGCUGAUGGAGUCUUCCUCGACGCGCCUGACCCGAAAGGAGCGCGUCCUGUGGAUGGCCUGCCAGCUCGCGACGUUCAAUAGGUGGAUUUCGUACGACGCGACGGCUCACAAAUUUUCCGUGAUGGACGAGUUUCGCGAUCCACUCGAGGAUGAACCGGCCCAAGACGAUCUGGAUUUGGACACGGCCUCUCCGGUGGCGGGUGAUGCUAGUAUGGAGGAUGACGUGGGAAACGGUGCGCCCAAGGACAAGGGGAAAGGCAAGGUUCUACCAGGGACUGUCCUUGAGGAUGAUGACAAUAGUGAUACGGCCGACUUUGACAACGACAAUGACGUUACGGACGAGGUGAAUUUCUCGGACAUGGAAGGUAUGGCAAGGGCCAAAGUGGCACGUUUCGGCAAAGAACCCGACGAACCACCCUAA